AAUGGCAUGCUUAAACAUGCAGCAACAACAACAGCAGCAGCAGCAGCAGCAAAUGAAGAAGGAAAAAGGGUUGUUUAUGGGUCCAAGAAUCUCCUUCUCAAAUGAUUUUGUGGAAUCAAAAAACCACCAUGAAAACAUGAGUUACAGAGAAGCUCCUGUGUCUUCGGAUUUCGAGUUUUGUGUUCCCAGUUUCUCUGCAAACUCUGCAGAUGAAGUCUUCUUCAAACUUCCGCCAUUGAAGGAGAUGAAUUCGAAGGUAACUCUCAGAGAUGAGCUUCUUGCAGGUGGUGACGAUGAUGAUGGUUAUAACAGCUGCAAGAACUCGUCUUCAGGAACACGAUGGUGGAGAGAGAAGUUUAGACUUCGGAAAAGUCAACAUAAGAAUCAUGGAGGUUUAGAGACCAUUCAUGAAACAAAGAUCAAACCUACCCUUCAAUUACACUCCCAACUUCACAGGAAGGCAUCAUGAAUACAAGUAAAAUGGUAUGGAUUAACGAAGGAGAGAUUAAUUAUUAAGGAAUUGAAUUGAAGGAGGAGUUUUUGGGGGGUAUUUUUAAUUAAUUAAAAUUAAUUAAUUAGUAAUUUGGAGAUUAAUGGAGGUUGUAGUUUAAGAAAUGGAAGUGUGUAAAGAAGUCGUUUAACUGUUUCUGUAUUUUGUACAAAUAUUUGCAGUUGAAGGAAUUCCAAUUCACCCCCUUUUUGUAUU